UGCAAGUGCGUACUGUGAGUAUACUUAUUUCAAUAAGUGUCUGCCUUACACAGUAAAUAUUUUACGUUAUCGAGCUGUGUGUACGUGUGUGCUAGCGUGAAACGAACAAUGCUAAACAACAUAAUGUGAGUGUGUUAUCAUGAUGCUAACCAGGCCUGUGUUUGUAUUUCUUCCUAGGCUCAAGUGUGUGGUUGUGAGAUCAUCUCGAAAUCCUUUUAACAGUUCAGAUAUCGGACUACAAAGAGUGCUACAGAGAGCCAGCGUUUCACCAUCAGACAGGUGCUAAUAGGCUGAAGUUGGCCCAAUGGAGUGGAAGUGCAAGUUGUGUUCUGCAACUUCAAAUACCCGGGGACAAUUAUUUUGGCACUAUACUGUACUGCAUAGCCAAUAUUCAAGAGUGUCCCCCCUGCCAUGUCUCUAUGACAGUUGCAUUUGUACUUUUCCAUCAUUCGAAGCGAUGAAAGCUCAUCUGUCAAGAUGUCAUAAUGAUUCAUGUAGAGUAGAUGCAACUGAAGGAGCAUGUGUUUUUUUUACAUGUCCUUUGUGUAACUUCAAGCAGCCCUUUUCUGAGGAAAUUAUAUUGGGUCAUUUGAGAAGUCAUUUACGAAGUCAUGAGAUGGUAGCAUGCCCAUUCAAGAAUUGUAAUUACAGAACAAAUAGCUACUCAGCGUUUAAUGCACACAAAAGUAGAAAACAUGGUGGUGAUUCCGACUUUGGUGAAUGUGUUGUAUUGGCAGACAAUGAUAGUGCCCCAGUUGUAGUUGCAGCAGAAAGUCUUGGGGAACACGCUGAAAGUCACAGUGCAGGGUCUGCGGACACAUUUGAUCUUGAUGAGGUGAACGGUCAGUGUGACACAGACACUUUAAGAGCCCAGUUGAAGCAUAACUUGGCAUUGUUAUUCGUAAAGAUGCAAUCUAUUCUUCAUGUAUCUGACAUGGCAUCUCAGGAGAUAGUGGAACAUUUGACUCAGAUAUUUUCCUUGUCCCAACCGAUACUCAAACAAGAUAUUAGAGAGGUCUUACAGAGUCAUGACAUCACUGUCAGUGAAACACUUCUAAAUGAUGUUGUCAGUACUGUUAUGGACAGUAAUAUUAUUGUCAGUGCCACAGCUAAGGGGAAGCAGUUAUCCUCAACCAAGAGAAGGAAAACCUUCAUCGAAAAUAAUUACCCUGUGGUAAAGCCUGUACAGUAUCUGCUACAGCCAGGACACACAGCAGUGCAUGUUCCCAUUCUGGAGAUGAUACAAAAAAUCUUCAAUCAUACAGAUAUUCUGGACAAAAUUAAAGAAACAAAAGUGGCACAAAACAGUCAUUAUGUAAGCCACCAAGAUGGCUUGUACUUCAAAGAGAACACAUUCUUGUCUUCAGAUGAGUUAACGAUAACACUCAUUUUGUACAUUGAUGAUUUGGAAAUAGCCAAUCCACUUGGCACAUCACGGAAAAUACACAAAGUCUGUUCAGUAUACUGGACUCUUGCUGAUCUUGCCAGUAAAUACCGAUCAGCCCUGCAUGUAAUUCAGCUUGCAGCUUUAUGUAAAGUGGCUGACAUACAGACAUUUGGCUAUGAAAAAGCACUUGGUCCUUUGUUGAGAGACCUCCGUACCCUUGAACAAGAUGGGGUAUUCAUUGAGUCUAUUGGUAAGGUAGUUCAAGGAACAGUCAUGUGUGUGGUGUCUGACAAUCUUGCAGCCCAUGAUUUGGCAGGCUUUUCAAAGUCUUUUAGAGCAGAAUAUUUUUGCAGAUUCUGCACAGCGACACAAGCUAAACUUCAGACUCAUGAAGUUGCAAGUGGCGAGUUCAGUCUUAGGACAAAAGACAGCCAUAAUAGUGAUGUGCAUGCUGUAAUGCAUGGGGGUAGUCAGAGUCAGAAUGGUGUUCAGGCAGAUUGUGUCCUGAGCCAGCAUCUAGAGCAUUUUCAUACGGUCACUGGCUUUCCACCUGAUGCCCUCCACGAUCUUUUUGAGGGCAUUGUGCCCGUAGAGCUCGCCCUGUGUAUCGGAGAGAUGAUCUGUUGCAAAUACUUCACCCUUGAAUAUUUGAACGAGAGAAUUCUAUCGUUUCCAUACCAGCACACAGACAAGCUUGACAAACCUCAUAAAAUACCACAGACCUUCGCUGUAAAGAAAAGCAUUGGUGGUAACGGCCAUGAAAAUGCCACAUUGCUUAGACUGCUCCCUUUGAUUAUUGGGACUUCAGUUCCUGAAGAGGAUGGAGCAUGGACUGUGCUAAUGGAUUUAAAAGAGGUAGUAGAGUUAUCGCUGUGCACAGAAUUCACAGAGGAGUCCAUCCAGUAUUUACCGUCCAAGAUACAGGAUCAUAGAGAGAUGCUGAAAGAAGCCUUUCCAGAUUUCAAACUCCGUCCUAAGCAUCACUACAUUGAGCACUAUCCUGACCUUGUACGCCGUUUUGGGCCCCUUGUACAUUUGUGGACAAUGAGGUUUGAGGGUAAACACCGUUUUUUCAAGAGAGUUGUACACGACACACAAAACUUUAAAAAUGUGUUAAAAACACUUGCAGACAGGCAUCAAUACAUGGUAGCAUACCAUCUCAGUGCUUCCGGAUUCUUCAAACCUCACCAGCAGACAUCAAAUGUCUCUUCUGUACUGGUAUCAAUGCUUCCAAAUGUUGCCAAGACAUACAUUGAACAAAUAACAGCAAGCAAUGUUAUUUACAGCACAUCAAAGGUCUGCAUUGAUGGAACUGAUUAUGAUGUAGGAAUGUUUUUGUCCGUGGGACAAGAGGGAGGACUGCCUAAUUACUGUAGAAUUGAACAGGUUCUCCUGGUUAACAGUAGUGUUGUCUUUCUUUGCCAAGAGCACACAUCACACUACAUUGAACACCUGAGAUCUUACAAACUUUUCCCAAACAAUCUGGCUGUUCACACCCCAUCAGAGCUAAAUGACAAAACACCUCUCUGCGCUUACAACAUAGAUGGAAGAUUGCUCUUGACACCCAAACGUUUCAUAUUAUUACACUGAAGAUUAAUAUGUUACACUGUUUGCCUCUUCUACCUCAGAUUUAAUACAUUGAUUGUUAAUAGAUAAAUAUCACAACAUUGACGUAUUGCCAAGCCCAAGUUUUUGUACUGUACUUGUGGGAAACGACUGUUGAAUUCAUGCACUAUACAUGUUUAAUGUUGUGUGACCUAAUGCUUACCUUGAUGUUGCCAGUUGAAGUACGGCACAGUAGAAACCAGUACUUUUAUUUGAAUGUUUUAUUUUAAAAAAGUGAGUUGCAGCCUUCAAGGUACAGUAAGUGCCAAAACGUUUUAAAUGGCUCCACAUUCUAAUAGUUGUAAUUGCUGUUGAGGAUGGAUUAUAAUUAGAA